CCCCGCAGCCCCUCCCCUGGGCGCGCGCGCGACCUGGGCGCCAUGGCGGCGGCGGUGACAACAGGCCAGCGGCCUGAGGUCACGGCGGUGGAUGAGGCCGGGAGUCCGCAGUGGGCGCCACCUGAGCACCUCGGGGCUGGGGCAGCGACCGGGCUAGGCGAUGGCGAAGACGCCCCGGUGAGGCCUCUGUGCAAGCCGCGGGGCAUCUGCUCACGCGCCUACUUCUUGGUGCUGAUGGUGUUCGUGCACCUGUACCUGGGCAACGUGCUGGCGCUGCUGCUCUUCGUGCACUAUAGCAACGGCGACGAAAGCUCCGACCCCGGGCCCCAGCCCCGCGCCCAAAGCCCCCGGCCCGCGCCAACCUUAGAUCCCCUCACCCGGCUGGAGGGCAUCAAGGUGGGGUAUGAACGUAAGGUCCAGCUGGUCACUGACAGGGACCACUUCAUCAGAACCCUCAGCCUCAAGCCAUUGCUCUUUGAAAUCCCUGGCUUCCUGAGUGAUGAGGAGUGUCGGCUCAUCAUCCACCUGGCACAGAUGAAGGGCUUACAGCGCAGCCAGAUCCUGCCCACCGAAGAGUAUGAGGAAGCAAUGGGCACUAUGCAGGUCAGCCAGCUGGACCUCUUCCGGCUACUGGACCAGAACCACGAUGGUCGCCUGCAGCUCCGAGAGGUCCUGGCCCAGACUCGCCUGGGGAAUGGACGGUGGAUGACUCCAGAGAACAUUCAGGAGAUGUACUCUGCGAUCAAGGCAGACCCCGAUGGUGAUGGAGUGCUGAGUCUGCAGGAGUUUUCCAACAUGGACCUUCGAGACUUCCACAAGUAUAUGAGAAGUCAUAAGGCCGAGUCCAGUGAGCUGGUACGGAACAGCCACCACACAUGGCUCUACCAGGGUGAGGGUGCCCACCACGUCAUGCGUUCGAUCCGCCAGAGGGUACUGCGCCUCACUCGCCUGUCACCGGAGAUUGUGGAGCUCAGUGAACCACUGCAGGUUGUGCGAUAUGGUGAAGGAGGCCACUACCAUGCCCAUGUGGACAGCGGGCCUGUGUACCCAGAGACCAUCUGCUCCCAUACCAAGCUGGUAGCCAGUGAGGCUGUACCUUUUGAGACCUCCUGUCGCUACAUGACAGUGCUGUUUUAUUUGAACAACGUCACCGGUGGGGGCGAGACUGUCUUCCCUGUAGCAGACAACAGAACCUACGAUGAAAUGAGUCUGAUUCAGGAUGACAUUGAUCUCCGUGACACUCGGAGGCACUGUGACAAGGGGAAUCUUCGUGUCAAGCCCAGGCAAGGAACAGCAGUCUUCUGGUACAACUACCUGCCUGAUGGGCAAGGUUGGGUGGGCGAUGUGGAUGACUACUCGUUGCACGGGGGCUGCCUGGUCACACGCGGCACCAAAUGGAUUGCCAACAACUGGAUCAAUGUGGACCCCAGCAGGGCACGGCAAGCCCUGUUCCAGCAGGAGAUGGCGCGCCUGGCCCGCGAAGGUGGUGCCGACUCGCAGCCAGAGUGGGCCCUGGACCGGGCCUACCGUGAUGCGCGCGUGGAGCUUUGAGGGGAGGGUCAGUUGUGGACCACCCUCAAUCCAAGAUCUAGGGCCCAGCUGGUUCUCUGUCCUACUGCAGACUAAAGUUCUGGCUGAUGUCUUUCUCCACUCCUGCCUCCAGCCGCGAUUAUGCGAAGUUCCUAUAUUCAUGUUAUUUAUUGUGUACAGACCCCAAUGCUGCUCUGUCAAAUAAAAUUAACAGGGCUUCAACCCACUACACCUACAACUACCGCC